AGUGACCGAACACCAUAAGGUCUCUCCCAGGUUCCCCUUCACACCACAGAAGAGAUAAUCGCCCCUCAACACUGCACUGAUCGUCGUGCCGCACCCUAUAUAAAUAAAUCACGUAUUAUAUUUACUUUGCAAUAUCUUCAACUCAACAAUACACUGCUGCGUUUCUAAAUAUUUGUUUAAAGUUUGCACUUUGUACGUAUUCGUCAGAUGGGUUAACUUUGUGCUUAGUUUACCUAAUUUUAUCAGUUCAAGGAUUUUAUUGAAUGGAAAAUUUUAUUUUCAACUAAUAUCCCACGAAUUCGUCAGUGAUAAUGAUAAGUCCCUAAUAAAGGUUUAUCUGGUCAUUCUCUAUGAAAAGAAACUAUAUUUUAUAGGUUGUCUUUAUGAAAUCGCCAGUCUUGUGUGCCUAAUCCGUUACAAAGGAAUUUGUGUUGUGUUUUGAAACUUCAGUUAAGACCAACAAUGCCAAUUCGAGAACUACCGGAAGAAUUGCAGAAAAAAACCGAAAAAGAAUUGAACGAAACGCCCCAACGAAGAACCAGUGACAUAGACCACAUUAAAGAUUGGUUAUCUAAGCAACCCCACUUAAAUGUCAUUAGCCCAGCAGAUGACCAAAUGGUAUUAAACUUUCUACGUGGAUGUAAAUUUAGGGCGGAAAAAACAAAGCAAAAAAUGGACUAUUAUUAUUCUACUAAAACGAUUUAUCGCGAACUUUUUGACGGUCGCGAUCCUUUGUCCGAGGAAAUGCAGUACACUUUGAAUGCAGGAAGGUAUUGGCUUCCUUUGCCGAAAUCAAAAAAUCCAUUGGCACCCAGAACUCUGCUUUACCAAAGUAAUCCGUACAAGCCGUCCGAAAAAUUGAAUCCAGUAAUCCAAAUGAAGACGAUUCUAAUGGUGAUGGACGUUCUCGUACAAGAGGAUGAUUCGUUUGUUAUAAAUGGCUUUCAAGUGAUACAAUUUUUACCAGGCCUCUCACUUCAACAUCUCACAGAGAUGUCGCCAAAUUUGAUACGGAUGAUGUACUUGUGUACGUUAAAGAGGUAUCCGGCGAGAAUGAAAGGUUUGCACUUUGUCAACAUACCGUCUGCUGGUUACGCUUUGUUCAAAAUGGCAAAACCUCUCAUAAGUGAAAAAAUACAAUCAAGGAUACACUUCCAUCAAACGAACGACUACAGUGACCUGUAUAAGAUUAUUCCAAAGUCCGACUUACCGAAGGAGUUGGGAGGAGAAAGCUACACGAUCUCUGAUCAACUUGCCAAAUGGAAUGAUAUAAUGUUGAAGUGCAGAUCUUGGUUUUUGGAAAAUGAGAAAUUGCGUUCAGAUGAAUCAAAGCGCAUUGCAAAGUGGGAUAAUACUGAGUUGUUUGGAGUAGAGGGAUCUUUUAGGAAAUUGGACAUUGACUAAUCUACGUAUUUCUGGAAUGCUUUAUUUAUAUCGCCCAUUCAUAAAAACAUUACAUUGACAACCUACGGUAUGGAAGGUUUAAAUAAAGCACCUCUCCUGAGUUUGUCAACUGCCUUUUAUGAAACGACAUACGCAAUUUUUGUGACUCUGUGGCAGUACAGUACAUUGUGAUGUGAUUACCUUAUUUGUAUUUUUGUAGUAGUGGUUUUCCUUGGUUUGAUCGAUUUCGGCCGAUUUUAUAUUUUUUAUGACAGUAUUCUGUGAUUAGGUAAUUGUGUGUAAAAAUUUAGUUACGUGUGAUGCUAUAUUUUAAUAUUUAAUGUU